AUGGCUUGGGAAUCUCCAAAGGACGCCGUCCCAUGGGUGGGUUUGUACAUUGGUGUAGCCUCUCUAGUUUGCACUCUUGCUAUGGCAGCAGACUUAUUUCAAGGUUUUCGACAACGACCACGAAAGCUCUGGUUUCCAUGUAGAUUUUUCAUUAUAAAUGCUGCUUCCAUCACACUCAUAGCAAUAGCAAUGAAGCUACCAGUGGAUCUUACUACUGACAUGCCCGAUGAUGAUCUUGUUGCUAAGUAUGUCAGCAUUUUUUUCUUGCUCGCUAUGUUAGCCAACUUUCUCCCUUCUUUAGGGCUUAUGGGUGAUAAAGAACUUUUCUCAAAUAUCAUAGCUUUUGGUAUCCUCAUAAUCACCAUUGCGGUGAACGUGUGGAUCCAAAUGAGCACUAAGGUGCUUCCAGCUAGACUCGUAGGAAAAGUUAUACUUAUGUUUCCCCUACUAUGGCCUUUUUCGGUAGCUUUGACAGUUAAAUCAUCUAGAAGGGUUUUAGAACUUCGAUAUAAGGAUUUCCAUAGAUCAACUACAAAUCAAAUAAAGUUACAUUUAUCUACCGAUGAACUCACACAUUGUGUUAAAAAGUAUUGGAUCAUGGCAGAAACCGGCAACCCCCAAUUUGUAAUUGCUUGUUCACCAAUUUCUUGUGCUUUUGGGGUUUUAUGCUUCUACUUAGACAUCCUUACUUUAGGUUUUUUAAUUGGCUGGUACCUGCGAAAACCACUUUAUACGGAUAAAAAGUCUGAUUAUAAGUGGUCAAUCGAAGUUAUUUUAAUCGUGCAAUCAGUAGGGACGGUAGUAGCUACUAUAGCACCAAUUUUUAGAUGUUUCACUGCUACCACCUAUUUUCAACUCAACACCAGAUGGAGCCUGAAUCAUCUAAAUGUGUUCCGAGUCGAGAAACAUUGGACUGGAAGGCUCCAACAUUGGAAACAAAUUCAUGUAGAUUUGCAUAUCCCAAACAGCCAUUGCCGAAAAGUAAUUCAUACUGUUAAAAACAUGAUUUUGAACUUUUGUAUGGCAUUUCAUAUAGCGGUAUUAGUAAUAUGUAAAUCCAUAUGUCUCAUUCCCCGAUGUUGUUUGAUAUGUGUUUCUGGUUGUUGCUAUUUUCGAAAAUCAUUGUUUAGAGGAGUUAAAGAGGAGCAAAAUACAUCUACUACUGAUGCCACAUCAGAGUUGGAAAGAUAUACUACUUAUGUUGUACAAAUCGAAGAGGAGGCAGAACUAUCAGAAAAAAUAUCUAGAAGCGCACUCAACUCGAUUAGUCGACUUCUUCAAGAGUCGGAAAAAUAUGAGCCACGUAAUCUUAUCAAGCUUCUUGAAAAAUCUAAGGGAUUCAUGGGAGUCAUAGAGUUUGUUGAUGAUGAAGUCCCGACUUUAUUAAAUAAAAAAGAAACCAGAUUUUGCUGGAGUCUAGUAAUAGUAACCUUAACAUCGAUUGCUAUUGCAAUUCCUAAUAUUGAUGAUGGUCAUCUUAAGGGUUUACUUGCUAGCAUGAAAGAAGGCCUCGAAUUUUCAAGACAUAUUGAGGAAAGCUUCAACACAAAUGGUGACUUGGUAAAGGCAAGAAAAGCAGCUAAGCGAAUUUGGCCUGAAAUUGAAUUAUACCGCAGAUGGCUAAAAAUUGAUCUUCAAAAAAAUGCUUGUAAAGGAAGUACAUCAAAGGAGAUUAUUCAGCAGUUAGCUGAUGAAACAGAGAAAAUCUUGAAAAAACUCAAGAGUUGCAAAAAGGGAAGUUUAGAUGACUCGCGACAUAAGUUUAUUGCUUCAAAUUCAAUGUACAGAAUCAGCCUAACAAUUAUGCGCCACUGUGAUGCACAAGAAAACUGGCCAACAGAUGAGGAACUUUUCCAGUGGAUAUCAACCAUGAUCGCCGAUAUACUAUGUGCUUGCUUUACCAACCUACCGCGUGUCAUAACUUCAAAGUGUCAUCACAAGGCAAUAGAGAAAAGGAUAGACAGCAUUUGGAGUGCAGCUCAACUUCUUGGUAGAUCCAAACCGAUAUUGAGUAUUCUUGAAGCGCGUCAACUUCCUAACUUAGACUUGCACUCUCGCGCAUACUUGGAUAUGUGGCAUGCUUUACCAAAGAAUGAGAUACCAAAUGGUUGUGUUUCUCAGGUCAGGGGUAAUACAGCUUCUCCAUAUUCCAAUGAAUCGACCAUUGUUAAUAUCAUAUAA